AUGGCAGUUGCCUCCAACACGCUCUACGGGGCUUGUGAAGGCCACCAGAGCAGCUCCAGUAGCUCCAUCACAGGGCCGUGUCUCGUUUCCAAGGGCGGCAAUGCCACGACAACCCGAGUCGAAGCCGUGAACGGGGUCGUCAACCUGCAAAAUGCAAGCAUCAGCGACGUCGCUAGCUUCCCACCGACUGCUACAGUCCUGGACCUCUCGAAGAAUGCGAUCGCCCUGCUCGCGUCCGACCCCGUGCCUGCCUUGCGGCUUUUGAACCUGAGCCACAACAAGCUCCGUACAACAGACACGCUGCCACGAUUCGCCGCCCUCCAGACACUGGACUUGAGCUAUAACGCCAUUGCUGACGUGGGCAACUUGACGCUGGCGUUGCCGAGCCUCACGAGCUUGAGUCUGGCCAACAAUCGCAUCACAUCGCUUCGCAACCCGACGUUUCCACUCAGCCUCCAAUCUCUGGACCUCUCGGGCAACGCAUUGACGACCUUGGACCUGUCCGCGGCGACGUUUCGCCAGCUUAACGCGCUGCCGUACCUCUCCCUGGGCAACGUUAGCAUCACGGCAUGCUCGGGCGCGCUGCACCUCUUGCGCGCGAGUGUCGUGUGCGUCCUCGAGACAGACACGCCGCGUACAACGCUGCUCAUGACUGCGUGCGGCCAGCUCAUCAUGGUCUUUAGCUGCAUUGGGCUCUGUGUCUUUGCCUAUCUUGUGUGUGCCAAACGUGUGCUCGACUCCCCAGGCCCGCCCGCCGCCAAUAACCAUCUGCGGGACACGUGUCUGAGCUCGGCCUACUCGAUCAUGGAGGACGACCCGAUGGAGUACCGCAUCUCGCUCUCGCUCGAGAUAGACACCAAGCCGUUCGAGACGAUUUUGUUCCACGACACACGGCUCAUGCCACUGCAAUUGGCGAUGAAGGACAUCAAGAAGCUCAAGCUAUUGUCGUCGACGGCCUACACCACCAUGUAUGUGGCUGAGCGAUACGGUGCCAAGGUCCACGCGACCAUGCUCACGCCGUGCGCCGUCCAAGACACGACGAUGCGUCUCGGCGGCCUCGUGCACGGCAUCGCUUUUCUCGCGCGGCUCUCGCACCCGAAUAUCGUGCCGCUGCUUGGCUUUGCCACGUCAUCGUCGCUCCUCGAUUUGACGGUCGUGACCGAGUUCAUGGCGCUUGGGUCGCUCUCGGAUGUCUUGCGGGACGCGAGCCUCGUCAAGUACCUUCGCUGGACGACACCAACGUCGAACGGAGUCGUGCCACUGAAGGCGCAGCUGGCCCUCGAUGUCGCGACGGCAGUGGCGCAUUUGCAUUCGCUCGCCACCCCGAUUCUGCACAAUGCCAUCUCGAUCGACCACGUCUUUGUCUCGAGCGAGUGGCGCGCUCACCUUGGCGGCUUCAUGUACGCAACGUACGUCGACGAGCCAAAGACGCUUCUCGCACCAAAUGCCGCGCCCGAGGUCCUGGCCGGCGGACUACCGUCGACGACGCACUCGGAUGUCUACUUGCUCGGACAGCUUCUUGUCGACUUGGAGGUUGCGAACGACAUGCCCGAGACGAUUUGCGCGAUCGUGGCGUCGUGCAUGGCGCUGGAGCCGACGACCCGCCCCUCGGCGCUCGAGGUCGCGACGCGCUUGCGCCACUGUCUACCAAGUUCUCGCACAGUCGGCGCCAUCGAAUGA